GCAUCGGCGGAGGGAGCUACUUAAUGGUGUGGUGAAGCCUCCACCGACGCGGGAUGAUUCUGUCACGGUUUGCCAGGGCAAGCCGUGGGGAUGUGGAGGAAAAUAGGACCCAAAACGCAGGACUCUUCACUGCAAACGUCUCAGGCUCAGAGGGUCCCAAGUGACAUCUUGCUAAAACUUCUCCUCCACAAUGCGGCCACUCUGUUUUAUUUUACCAUUACUGUGCUUCCUACCUUUGCUCUCUUCUAACCCUGUAAAGCUCACUUCAAUUCUUUGCAGUCCAACACAGUACAGCUGGCCACAUAUAUCACCUAGGUUUUGUUGUGAAAAGUGCCCUGCAGGUGAGUUUGUGGCCUCACGCUCACAGACCAACUGUGACCAUAAAUGUGAACCCUGUGGACCUGGGAAAUACACAGCUGGCUACAACACGGCGAUGAACUGUGAAUUUUGUGACAGCUGCAGCAAACCAAACAUGGAGGUCAAGACAGAAUGCAACGCGACUCAUAACACCGUGUGCACAUGUAAGGCUGGCUACAAAUGCAAAGACCAAGACUGUAAAGAGUGUGUAGCCACAAUCAAACCCACCGUCCCUCCAUCUACUACUGCAAAAGUGGACGUCAAGACAGAAUGCAACCCGACUCAUAACACCGUGUGCACAUGUAAGGCUGGCUACAAAUGCAAAGACCAAGACUGUAAAGAGUGUGUAGCCACAAUCAAACCCACCGUCCCUCCAUCUACUACUGUGGUGAGACCUGAAGUUACCACCACCAGGCUCGCCUCUAAACCAAUUGCAGAUACAGUGUGGUUCCUGGUGAUAAUUGCCCUCCUGUGUACAGGAAUUGCACUGGUUAUUGUGACAAAAAUCAAGCCAUUUUUAGUCUGGAUUAGGUUCACUCACGGGUACUUCUUGGCUGAAAAACCUGCAACACAACCUGCAUGUGAUGAAGAAGUGUCCAAGCCCGUCCAGGAAGUGUGCGGGAAAUGUGACCAACCUAUGUGCUAAAGACCAGAUCUGGAAUUUGGAAGAGCGAGAACUUGACAAGACACUCAGUAGCACAUCUCAGAUGGAAAACAUUUGUCACUGCUUUUGGACAUUUAAAUGGAGCUAAAAGGCACUCCGCGCCGUGCUGAUCAAUGAAAUGCCAGAAGAUGGAAAGUUUGAGACUGUUGCUGUUUCCUGAGAGGACAGAUGAUCAUUUUGGCGUCUGUGACUUUGAAGUGUAUAAAAUUGUGGUGGGUAAAAAUCUUGGAACUGAUAAGACAGAGGGGACAUUGUGGCAGUGAAAGGGAAGUAUGUACUAUAGUACAUAAAGUUAAACAUAUUUCAUGUAUAUCUACAUAUAUGUGCAGACACAAUUAGCUGCUUUUGUAGCCAGCUUUUCAAUAUCACAUGUGGAUGUUCUGUGUACAUUUUUUCUUCUAUUUCUUUUUCAUUUAAAAUAAACUUAAUUUGACUAAAACUACCUAAUAACUACCUAGCAAAGCUUUCAACACCUUGGAUGGCAUUCUU